CUUCGAUUUUGGUAUAGUAUUAACUCUUUAGCACAUAGGUAGCCCUCCAAAAAAAUCAUCCAUUUUUCUAAAUUAUGGAAAUUUUGUGGAAGACGUUGACCUGGAUUUUGGGCCUUAUCAUGGCUUCAUCGGAAUUUCUUAGUGACCACAGACUUUCAUACAGUUCUCAAGAGGAAUUCCUGACUUAUCUUGAACACUACCAGCUAACUAUUCCAAUAAGGGUUGAUCAAAAUGGAGCUUUUCUCAGCUUUACUGUGAAAAAUGAUAAACAUUCAAGGAGAAGACGGAGUAUGGACCCUGUCGAUCCACAGCAGGCAGUGUCUAAGUUAUUUUUUAAACUUUCAGCCUAUGGCAAGCACUUUCACCUAAACUUGACUCUCAAUACAAAUUUUGUGACAAAACAUUUUACGGUAGAAUAUUGGGGGAAAGAUGGACCCGAGUGGAAACAUGACUUUUUAGACAACUGUCAUUACACAGGAUACUUGCAAGAUCAACGUAGUACAACCAAAGUGGCUUUAAGCAACUGUGUUGGGUUGCAUGGUAUUAUUGCUACAGAGGAUGAAGAAUAUUUUAUUGAACCUUUAAAUAAUACUACAGAGGAUUCCAAGCAUUUUAGUUAUGAAAAUGGCCAUCCUCAUGUUAUUUACAAAAAGUCUACCCUUCAACAACGACAUCUCUAUCAUCACUCUCAUUGUGGGGUUUCAGACCUUCCAAGAAGUGACAAACCUUGGUGGCUGAAUGACACAUCAUCUGCAUUUCCUUCUUUGCUACCAAUUAAUGAUACACAAAUCCACCACAGACAGAAGAGAUCAGUGAGCACUGAACGGUUUGUGGAGACAUUGGUAGUGGCAGACAAAAUGAUGGUGGGCUACCAUGGCCGCAAAGACAUUGAGCAUUACGUUUUGAGUGUGAUGAAUAUUGUUGCCAAACUUUACCGUGAUUCCAGCCUAGGAAACGUUGUGAAUAUUAUAGUGGCCCGCUUAAUUGUUCUCACAGAAGAUCAGCCAAACUUGGAGAUAAACCACCAUGCAGACAAGUCUCUCGAUAGCUUCUGUAAAUGGCAGAAAUCCAUUCUCUCUCACCAAAGUGAUGGAAACACCAUUCCAGAAAAUGGGAUUGCCCACCACGAUAAUGCAGUUCUUAUUACUAGAUAUGAUAUCUGCACUUAUAAAAAUAAGCCCUGUGGAACACUGGGCUUGGCCUCUGUAGCUGGAAUGUGUGAACCUGAAAGGAGCUGCAGCAUUAAUGAAGACAUUGGCUUGGGUUCAGCUUUUACCAUUGCGCAUGAGAUUGGUCACAAUUUUGGUAUGAACCAUGAUGGAAUUGGAAAUUCUUGUGGGACUAAAGGUCAUGAAGCAGCAAAACUUAUGGCAGCUCACAUUACUUCAAAUACCAAUCCUUUUUCCUGGUCUGCCUGCAGUCGAGACUAUAUCACCAGCUUUCUAGAUUCAGGCCGUGGUACUUGCCUUGAUAAUGAGCCUCCCAAGCGUGACUUUCUUUAUCCAGCUGUGGCCCCAGGUCAGGUGUAUGAUGCUGAUGAGCAAUGUCGUUUCCAGUAUGGAGCAACAUCCCGCCAAUGUAAAUAUGGGGAAGUGUGUAGAGAGCUGUGGUGCCUCAGCAAAAGCAACCGCUGUGUCACCAACAGUAUUCCAGCAGCUGAGGGGACACUAUGUCAAACUGGGAAUAUUGAAAAGGGGUGGUGUUAUCAGGGAGAUUGUGUUCCAUUUGGCACUUGGCCCCAGAGCAUAGAUGGGGGCUGGGGUCCCUGGUCACUAUGGGGAGAGUGCAGCAGGACCUGCGGGGGAGGCGUCUCCUCAUCCCUAAGACACUGUGACAGUCCAGCACCUUCAGGUGGUGGAAAAUACUGCCUUGGGGAAAGGAAACGCUAUCGCUCCUGUAACACAGACCCAUGUCCUUUGGGUGCCCGAGAUUUUCGAGAGAAACAGUGUGCAGAUUUUGACAAUAUGCCUUUCCGAGGAAAAUAUUAUAACUGGAAACCCUAUACUGGAGGUGGAGUAAAACCUUGUGCAUUAAACUGCUUGGCUGAAGGUUACAAUUUCUACACUGAACGUGCCCCUGCUGUGAUUGAUGGGACCCAGUGCAAUGCUGAUUCACUGGAUAUCUGUAUCAAUGGAGAAUGCAAGCAUGUAGGUUGUGAUAACAUUUUGGGAUCUGAUGCAAGGGAAGAUAGAUGUAGAGUCUGUGGAGGAGAUGGAAGCACAUGUGAUGCUAUUGAGGGAUUCUUCAAUGAUUCAUUGCCAAGAGGAGGAUACAUGGAAGUGGUACAGAUACCAAGAGGCUCUGUUCACAUUGAAGUCAGAGAAGUUGCCAUGUCAAAGAACUAUAUUGCUUUAAAAUCUGAAGGGGAUGAUUACUAUAUUAAUGGUGCCUGGACUAUUGAUUGGCCUAGAAAGUUUGAUGUUGCUGGGACAGCUUUUCACUACAAGAGACCAACGGAUGAACCAGAAUCCUUGGAAGCUCUAGGUCCCACCUCAGAAAAUCUCAUUGUAAUGGUUCUCCUCCAGGAACAGAAUUUGGGAAUUCGGUAUAAGUUCAAUGUUCCUAUCACCCGGACUGGCAGUGGCGAUAAUGAAGUGGGCUUUACAUGGAAUCAUCACCCUUGGUCAGAAUGCUCAGCUACUUGUGCUGGAGGUGUCCAGAGACAGGAGGUGGUCUGUAAAAGGUUGGAUGACAACUCCAUUGUCAAGAACAGUUAUUGUGAUCCUGACAGUAAACCACCUGAAAAUCAAAGAGCCUGCAAUACUGAGCCCUGCCCCCCCGAGUGGUUCAUUGGGGAUUGGUUGGAGUGCAGCAAGACUUGUGAUGGUGGGAUGCGCACAAGGGCAGUGCUCUGCAUCAGGAAAAUUGGACCUUCUGAGGAGGAAACACUGGACUACAAUGGUUGUUUAACACACCGACCUAUCGAAAAAGAGCCCUGCAACAACCAGUCAUGUCCACCUCAGUGGGUGGCUUUGGACUGGUCUGAAUGUACUCCAAAAUGUGGUCCAGGAUACAAGCAUCGGAUUGUUCUGUGCAAGAGCAGUGACCUUUCUAAAACAUUUCCAUCUGCACAAUGUCCAGAGGAGAACAAACCUCCUGUCCGCAUCCGCUGCAGCUUGGGGCGCUGCCCACCUCCUCGCUGGGUGACAGGAGACUGGGGCCAGUGUUCUGCUCAGUGUGGCCUUGGCCAGCAAAUGAGAACUGUACAGUGUCUCUCCUAUACUGGACAGACAUCCAGUGAAUGUCCAGAAACUGUUCGGCCACUGUCAAUGCAGCAGUGUGAAAGCAAAUGUGACAGCUUCCCCAUCUCCAACACCGAAGAGUGCAAAGAUGUGAACAAAGUGGCUUAUUGCCCACUGGUGCUGAAGUUCAAGUUCUGCAGUCGAGCAUACUUCAGACAGAUGUGUUGUAAAACCUGCCAAGGACACUGACCCAUGGAAAGCCAGAGAGAGAACCUUGUCAUUUCAUCAUGGAAAUGCGUCCAUCAAUGAGAGCCACCCAGAGGAAGAGGAUUGAUGUCCUUGCAAAAGCAUUACCCUGUGGAAAACGUAACCACUGGUCAGCCCUAGCUGACAGGAUUUCAAUAUUAUUUUAACUUCUGUGAAGUGGGAUUAAUUGAUCCAAAGUGCUGGACACGGUAUUAGGAGAGAAUGCCAGAUUGGAGAGAUCCAAACAACACAAGGAGACUUGCUUACUGUGGAACGUUUGUGUUCUUUCGAGUAAAUCCAAUAGCCUGUUUACCUCCUUGGACCAUUAAGAUAAUUUUUAUUAUGGACUUAGCAAUGACACUGAAUCAAUUUGUAUUUAAAACUGUUUAAAAUGUAGCUGUUAUGACUUGGUCAACUAUAGAAGUAAAGAAGAUUCAGAAUUCUUAAGUCAUAGCUUAAAAAUAUUUACUAUACUUUAUCUCACUAAACAGCACCACAAUUUAAAUUAUAAACUGGGCUUUGAACUGUAAUUUAAGAGCAAUUUUAAAUUAAAAGUAAUGAAAGUUUGUAUUAUUUUUCUUCAUUCCACUUAAUUGCCUUAGGAAUAAUCCCCCUGUUCUGAACACUGCUGUGAGCCAUAUAUAAAACUAUAUUAAACUGAACAAUGAGGGACUUAGUUUAAAGCAGUGCAUCAGUUACUGCAGCUGUGCAAGACUAUAAAUUCAAUGCUGAAAGACUGUGGCCAACUUGCCAUUGUGCAAGUGAAGCUGAGAUUUCCAUUAAAACUUUAAGAGAAAAACAUUUCAAUUUCAUGCAGAAGCCAGACCUGGGAUAUGGUAAAGACUAAAGUACCAGGCUCUUUGCUAUCACACAGAAUGCCUUCUUCUUAUUUGAGUUACACUAACUCAGUUGUGUUUUACAUCCUCACCAGCCACAGAACAGUUUCUGCCCUGUUAGAUUGUUGCACGCAUGUUGAGCUUACUGAGUUGAUGCCAUGCAAAAGAUAGACUGGCUCGGAACAACAAGGCAGACCCUUUUGCAAUUUGCUGACAAUUACAAUGGGUUCUAGAUGUCCCUUCUGUGAUAUGGUAGAAGGGCACUUAUUUAUAUGACAGCAAGUAUGUGUGUGUAUGUGUGUGUAUGUGUGCACACUGAUGCUUUUGAAUAUAUGGAUAGAUGAGUGUGCUUGCACAUAAAUGUGUUAUUUCUAUGAGUUUUAAAGUAGACAAGGGAUAACAACCAAAGAAGAAAAACUCACAAAGACUAGAGAUCAUAAAACAUAAUUUUAAUAGUCACUUAACCAAUUAGUUUGUAUUUUUAUGGAUACUCUAAAUGGAGAUUAAAUGUGAAACCAUGUCUGAGGCAAGUCAAACUCUAGAAUAGCAUCCACCUAAAUUAAAGUGACUAGCUUAUAUCUUCAAAUCUCACACUCUGUUCAUCAGAAGACUCAACAGCUAGAUUUUUUUCAAGAGAGUACUUAUUAAUAUUAAUAUUUUUUACUUGAACACUUAUAGCUUGUAGCAGGUUCUCAAUGAAUAUGCCUUGUGUCCAAUACUCCUCCUAUAUUGUACAUGUGUGUACACCAUGGGUACACCAGAACCUAAAACUCUAAAUGGCUAUUUUGUAAAGAUAAUAUUUGCAGUUAAAGGGCAUGUUUCACUUAUAUCCAUCACUGUGCUCUGAAACUACACAUCUGUAUGUCACAAAUACCAUGAUCUUAGGUUAUUGAUUUUUUUUUUCUGAAAGGAAGAGAGAACCUAAACUUCUGAGUUUGUUAUGGACAGUUGGCACAGGGUUUUCUGCAUACUCAGUCAUGACCAUCCUUAAUUCAUUACCAGCUUCUCUAAGUCCCACCUUUCUCAUCCCUGAGUUUGCUAGAGAGUCCUAUUGAUGACACAAGAGAUAUUGCCAAGUCCACACCUAUUCUGCCCAUAGAUGAUCAAGUGCCACUUUGGCUUUUCAUUGAAGGAAAAUAGCCAUGAGCAGCAUGGCCCUGACAAGGAAUUCCUUUGUUCUUUUUUUUUUUUUUUUUUAAAAAGGUAACUUGGUGCUACUGUGCCCUGGUGAAAUAAACAAAAACUGGGUGGUUUCUAUGCUACCUGUAUCUUUCAACAGCACAAAUAUCAAUUCAUGUUUCUAUUUCAAAAAGAUCUCUUACAUUACUGACUAAAGGCUCUAUUUUACCUCACCUGGAAAAUACCAUUGCAAUGACCAUACCCCUGGGCACUGCAGUACCUCAACUGGUGCUAGAAGAGGCUUGCCUCUGAGACGUGCAACAGCACUGAGGGCAGCUUGCUUCCUGGAAAGCCAUUGGAUCACCUUUCAGGAGGGAAAGAAGCACAGAAUAUAACAGGAUUAAACAUUUUCAGGUAGAUCCUGAAUUUAAACCUCAGCAGGUUAAAAACUAUGUUCCACAGCAUGUUACAAUACUGCUAUUGCUAUGUAGCUACUCACAUGGCUACAUGAAGCUUUGUUCCUAAGUAACAACAGAAUUGUCAGUGGAGUCUAGACCACUGUGGCAGGCACUGAAAAAGUAGUGAGCUAUCUGACACUUAGGAAACCCCAAGGAAAAUGGUAUCUUGCAGCUGGGAACAGGGUCUGCCACUGAUAUAUAGGUCAGAACUACCAAAAAAGAAAAGGUAAAUACACCCAAAUGAUCAAACCCCUGGAGAUACAUAGGGCUUUCUAACCGUUCAUUUCAUUAGGAACAUUUUUUAUUUGAGUGAAUGUCAUGUAGGUAUCCUUAAUAAUACAGAACAAAAUUACCUUUGUAUUAUUGUGAUUAGUUGUUGCUUAUUAUUUUAUACUCAGUAUUAAUGUGGUACACUGUUACUGCUUUUGCUUUUGUAAAUUAUAUUCUAAUUUAUUGCCAUGUUUCCUAACACUUGUCCUCCUUUCAUUCUCCUGCUUGUGAUGAAAAUGAAAGUCAUUGUAACACUUGAUGGAGUGAAAUUCCACACCAG